AUCUAUGGUGGACGCCGAGAGUGUUAGAAGCGGUCGUAGCGAGAGGAGCGACCGGUCUCGUAAAUCGAAGUUGUCGCAGUUACCUCCACAUGGGACGAAUCCGCAACUUACAACAGAAGAUCAGCUGAAGCUCAUCCACAACCGUAGCCAGCUGCAUGCAACAACUGUGGACCAUUCUGUACAAGGGAAUCAUCUGCCUAUCAAUCCAUCAGGUGUUGCUACUCAGCUCCCUCCUGCACCGUACACAAUGUAUAGUUGGAUGUCACCUCCUCCAGGACCAACCUUCCACACUUUUCCUCAACACAUGCCUUACCCACCUGUCGGCUGGCCGACACAACAGGUUUUACCCACAGCGUUCAACGCGCAACUGGCGGGCAUGCCAUUCAACAGGCAAUCGUCCAUCACUAAUCAACAGCAACCACACAUGUCCCAACCAGUGCAAUCAAUGCAACAGCCUACCGGAUUUAUGGCAACCGGUCAGCACCAUGCAAUACCACCCUCAAUUAUUCCACCGCACCCCCAACUCAAUCCCGCUAACGUCCAGCAUCAACUAGACGGUUCUUAUCGCAAUGAUCAGUUUGAUUCACGUUUAGUUCAGGAUGAUGCGGCGUGGGUCGAAAAUGCCACCGCCGUCACUGGAGCUACUAGUGAAACCGGCUUGAGUGGUGGAGACAACGUGUCACGUUUCGGCGCCCGUUAUGGCCUUGCUGCAUCCUUGAACAUGCAGUCUGGAGCUGGCGCCGGCCUCGGCCUAAGCGGUGCUGCCGCGGCUCUUAUUCGCUCUGAGUUUGACAACAUAAACCUUUUCAGCUGUUCCCAUGUUGUUGGCGUGCUUGGAUCCACAUUCAUCGCUCUUAGUGCUUUGUUAUCACCUGUUUUAAUGCUUUUAAUACCCCAUUUUCCUUCUAUUGGAUGGAACACGGAAUCAUGCAAGCCCAAUUGUGAAGGCCAUCUAAUUGGAAUAUCAGUAAAACUGGCGCUCUUAUCGUUAGCUACCUGGGUUCUCAUUUCUCCCUGUCGUACUCUAUGUUCAGGUGGGUCGGCUAUUCUUCCUCGUGUGAGACUAUGCCGAACCCUUUUUGUGUGUGUUCUGUUCGUGGUUUUAUUCGCUUUUUGGCUCUUUUACACCGUUCGGAUUGUCCACCCUAAAGAGGACGAAUAUCUUUCUAUCGUUCUAUUCGCCGAUAGUCUCACGGACACUCUCCUUUUCUUGCAAUACGCUGGCAUUGGCUUAAUGGAACUUCGGAAAGUACGACAUCGGUAUGCUAUCCACAUCGUGCGUUCGCCCGACGGAAUGUCCAGGUCUAUGAAGUGCGGCGAAAUGUCGCUGCAACGCGCAGCAGUUGAGGUUUUGCAAUUCUACAUGGUUGAAUUUACGGUAUGUGGGACGCUUUAUUUCACUUGACUGAAGGCAGCUUGAAUUGGCCACUCUCACGCUUAGGUGUGCUCUUAAUCAUCGUUUGAUCAACACAUGCACAUAACAAUUUCUCGUUGGCACGCUAGGUAGCACCUUAUGUACACCACUACUUCCUUUUGAUUGGCUAGGCUACCUGUGCUUCAGAUCAGCCCGAGUCUUUUGUGUAGAACGCUGGCUCACUCUUGAUGCCGUCGAUGUCACAUGGUCUAAACUUAUUCAUGUAGUAUAAUUCGGUUAAUGCGUUAACUUGGGAAGCAACUCCCCGCUACCCUUAUUAGCUUCACAAUAACGAUUUCCUUGACGACAACCCUUUUUUGCUUUAUCCCUUCGCAGUAUCCGAGGCCCCUUUGGUGUUACUGGUACUUUUACUCCUGUCCAUUGUCCCAUUUCAGCCUGAGGGCAUAAAAUUGACGGUAAACCACUCUUAUUCUUUUUUUUUCACUCCAAAUUCCUGAUAUCAGAAGCUUGACUUCGGCGGUCCACCACUCUGUAAUGUUUCCCCUCCCACUCCUUAUCACAAGCGAAGCAGGGUGCGCACAUCCAUUGGCCAUAUUUACGUAUGCGAUGAGCACUAGCGGUGCCGCGGUCGUAUUAGUUCAGUCCGUCUUUCGCCUGUAAUCACAGCACUAUCGGAU